ACCCGGGGACGCGCCCGGCCGCCGCAACGGGGAUGCGUUUCCGAUGUUAAUAGGCCUUGGCGUGCAGCUGCGUAAUUCCUAUCUGGUGAAUCUGAAGAUACAUUCGACGUGAAGCUUUGAAAUCGCGACCAUGGUCUUUCGACUCCCAGCACCAUGACUGUGUCUGUACCGAACUGUCGUCGUUAGUCGAAAUUGCGCUGAAGAAGGCCUAAUGAAAUGGGUUGGUUGUGGGGCGGGAACAAGACUCAAAAUGAUCCGGCAAAGGCUCUGGACAGCGAUUUGAAGCAGUUUCUGGACGAACAGCAGCCGAGACCAUACGUGCCAGCAGAGGUCCCUAAAGCCCCCGAAGCGCCGACUUCCAAGCCGGUCGAGCAACCUGUACCAGCUACCGAAAAGCCUGCCGAAGCCAGACCUCUGCCGAGAGAAUCGCUUUUUCAAGAUGGACGGUACAAGGACAUCUGGAAGACUUAUGUUCCGCAGAAUGACAUCGCAGUAGCCACGAGCACGCCUGUUGAGAGAGUGCUGGCGGCCAGGAAGGAUAGAAGACAGACUAUUCACAAAGCUGCAUUGGAAAAUUGCGCCUUUGAGGAAGAAUUACAGCAGGAAUGCUUCAAGUCAGACGAUUUGACUAAAAGACUAAAGGGACGGAUGACAAUGUGUCAUGAAGAGACCAAGGCUUUCAACCGCUGUUACACACUGCAGGCCAAAUUUUUGCAAGCGUUGGGAUAUAUGACGAGCUCGACAACAACUGACGAAGACGAAGAGAAGAUCCAGAUGCACGCGGACAAGCUGUACCACCGGAUGAUGGAUUAUGAGGCUGAAGUGGACGAAGCGAGAAGGAGCAACCGACCGAUUCCGCCUCUUUCGUCUCUCUUCAACCCCAGAAGAGCGGCUCCAACAAUCGAGCAGAUGGCCCUUCCUAAAAAUAUGGAAGAGAAACUGAAGAAGCCCUUGAACGAUUAUCCUCCUCACGAACGUGAACUGGUUGCAAGAGCAGCUUUGCAAGAAGCCAAAUUGACAGAUCUCUAUGCUGAGGAUCUGUUCACUUAUACCGUUACCAUGAACGAAGAUCGAAAGGCUCGACAAGCAUGGUUAACCAGAACAUUUGGUGAGGCGAUUGGGAAGUUCCUGAUUCCAGACCCUCCAAAGGAUCCUUCGAUCAAGUCUUAUAGUAUCGACCAGCUGGAGAGGGAUAUAUGGCAGGAAGACAAGCCUACCAGGGCACAAAGUGGACAACCCGCGGAGUCGUCGGCGCGAAAAGGAAAAUGAGCGCUCGAUAUUGGCCAUCACGGGCGGGCUAUAUGAUUCCCUUCGCAUCCAAGAAGGCCGCCGAGUCAGCAUAUGCCGCGAGAACGUCCUGGGACCUCAAAGCAGGCAUGCAGGACAUCCAAUGAGACGAGAGCGACAUGCAUGCGACCUGUGCAUUGCGCAGCCGCUUGGUCUUGCUCGUGCCCUCUGCAGAAGCCGUAUCUUCUGCGAUCUAUGGGCGACCAUCAUCAUGAGUCAUCUAAAUGAUGGUCUGGAGUUACCCUUUAGCGCUCGUGUCCGGAUAUGG